AUGGACGCGGACGGUGCGGCCGUCAGCUUUGCGUCGGUGCCCCCCAACGUCCUCAUGGCCUGCAUGGACGCCCUGGUGGCCGCGGACUGGAGGGCGGCAUCCGCGGCGAGGUGCACCUGCCGAGAUUUCCGCGCCGCGGUCGAGCAGGCUUUUUCAAGGUUGAGGAUUUUGCGACUGGUCGAGGCCAUGCUUCCCAACCUGGAGCUGCAAGCUCCGUUCGUGAGGAGCAUGCUGCCCCUGUGUGUGAACCUACGCACAGUGGAAAUUUCUGGCAUUUUCUGGGAUUGUGCAAACGAGCUGGCACCGGCAUUGGCACACUGCCGCAACCUAACAUGUCUCAGCAUGCGGUGCUGCAAGAUAUGGGAUGACGGCCUUGAGGAGCUUGUGGAGCGAUUUGGUGGCAUGCCAAACCUAGAGGUCCUUUGUGUGGCUUCGGCUGACGAGUUGACAGGCUGUGGUUGGUUAGACAAGCUCCCAGCCUUGACGGACUUGGACAUUUCAUGGUGCAGGUUGAUGAAUUCCAUUCAGCUGUUGGGCGUGAGUGGCCAACUGCGGAGGCUGAUCGCCCAUGGGUGUGAUGUGCUGCCGAUGGCGAUUUAUGGUGAGCUGCACGAUGUGGAAGAACUGGACGUCGCCUUGACAGACUUUUCUGACCUUGGCCUCCAUGACUUGGCACAAAACUCCAAGUGCCUUCGGCGCCUUGUCCUGUCGGACAGGGACAACGCCAACAUUUGGAGUCCGGAGAGGUGGACUCGUGCCGGCAUGGAGGAAUUCAGACUCCUCAGGCCUGAUGUGCAAGUGGACAUGUUCAGCCUUGAUGGGAGCUGGAGGACACUCUGA